CGAAGGCACCUUCGGCAUGGUCACAUGUCACAGGAAUGCGGAAGUACAGAGCCGUUGUUUUGCUAAUCAGUAGCUCGGAUGCUAGCACCGAUAGCCGAGCUGCUUCUUAUUAUAACAUUUCCGUAACUAUAAACAAGUAAACAACACUCAUGGUCAGGAUGACCCAGAAGCACUGCCUGGAUGGCCAAGUGUACUCCGUGCCUCUCAUCCAGCCAGACCUGAGGAGAGAGGAGGCUGUCCAUCAGAUAGCAGAUGCAUUACUCUACCUGGAAACCAUCUCUACGGAUAUUUUUAGAAGGGUGUCUGACAGUGUAGAGAAAAACCGCCGCCAGCUGCAGACCGUCACUGAUCGGAUCAGACUAGCUCAGGCCCGUGUCGACAAAAUCAAAGGCAGUAAGAAGGCCACCAAGGUUUUCUCCAGUGCCAAGUACCCUGCCCCGGAUCGACUUCAGGAUUACACAUCCAUCUUUAUUGAGGCUACAGACCCCUCCUCACAAACUCGCCCCCGACACAGGAUACAGAAUAAACUUCGACCUUUUGAUGAGAAGGCCUUGCAGGAGAAAUUGAUAUAUUUCCCAGUGUGUGUGAGAAAGAAGAAGAAGUCUGAGGAUGAGACAGAGGAGGGGCUGGGCAGUCUUCCAUGCAAUAUCUCAUCUGUCAGCUCCCUGUUGCUCUUUAAUACUACAGAGAACCUAUAUAAGAAGUAUGUGUUCCUUGAUCCUCUGGCGGGAGCAGUGACAAAAACACACACAACACUAGAGACAGAAAAAGAACAGAAGCCGUUUGAUGCACCGUUGUCCAUCACGAAGAGAGAGCAACUGGAGAGACAGACAGCAGAGUCUUAUUUCUAUGUGCCAGACCUGGGCCGGGUGCCCGAGAUAGAUGUGCCAUCCUACCUUCCUGACCUGCCAGGCAUCGCAGACGACCUGUCCUACAGCGCAGACCUCGGGCCCGGCUUUGCCCCAUCAGGUCCCACACACAACAUCCCGGAUCUGCCUUCCUUCUCUGAGGAGAGCGACGCACACGGAUUUCAGCUCCAACUUAAUGUUCCACCUCCUCCACCACCUCCCCCUCCUCCUGAGCCUGCACUCGCUCCCGCCAUUACUGCAGGAGCGCCCCCUCCUCCGCCUCCUCCUCCUCCUCCUCCUCCACCCCCCCCUCCUGUUGACAGCCCCACACAAGUCUCUCAAGCGGCGAGUUCAGGCCCUGUGUCUGUUGCACCCUCCGGGGUGGUUGGGCCGCCAGACGGCCGUGCCAAUCUCCUGGAGUCCAUCCGCAACGCCGGAGGCAUCGGCAAAGCCAAGUUACGCGACAUUAAAGAGCGCAAGAUGGAGAAGAAGAAACAGAAGGAGCAAGAGCAAGCAGUGGGAGCGGCUGCUAGUGGUGGAGACUUUAUGUCUGAUCUCUUCAAUAAACUUGCCAUGCGAAGGAAAGGCAUAUCUGGUAAGGGUCCAGCAGGCGGGGAGUUAAGUGACGCGCCCGCUGGUGCCGGCGGUGCAUUUGCCAGAAUGUCAGAUGUCAUCCCACCACUUCCUGCCCCCCAUGCGGCAACAGACGAUGACGACUGGGAAGCAUAACGCGAUGGACCAUGAACACUUGAAGCACUAUCAAUGGAAGCAUUCAAUAGUCUCAUAAGAUUGUGUACAAAGGACUUACAUUUUCCUCCAAUCACUUAUUAUAAAAAGUUCUCUAACAGAAGCUUUCAGUGUAAAAUGGCCAAUAAUUGGCUUCAUAAUGAAAUGCAUUGGUUUAACAAAACUAAAACCACUAAAUCUCUUAUAAUAAAACAAUUUAUUGAUAAUCACAUUCAUUGCAAAACAUGUUUUCAUAAAAUUAACCAAUCAGAUAUUAUUAGAACACUUACUGAAAUCAUGUAAAACUUCACUAACAUCUUAAAUAAACAUAAUGUUUGCAUUAUAUAACACUUAACAUUGAAUGUUUUAAAUAUUUAAUCUCUUCUUCAUGGUCAAAUCAGUUAUAUGGAUUCCUCUGCCGGUGCUGUUCUUGAUUUCUGUGGAAUAUAUUCAUCAGUAAUUCAUCUCAACAUAUUCCAGGCUGAAUUCAAAGACAUGGCAGGACUGAUACACCCGAGUCAAUCUGAUAAAUGUCCCUUUGUCCCUUGCAGUGUGACAUCAUA